UCUAGCGAACGGUUCAUAUUCUCUGAGGCUUUAACUGGAUGUAGUAGAAAGGCCUCUCCUCUGCGCGCUCCCUGGUCGUCUUGCUAUCCGCUGCCGGAGAAGACUGCGUUUGCCCAAUAAUAAAGAAGAUACCGAGAAUGACCGAGUACGACUGGGACAAGAAAUGUGCUUCAGCUUCAAAUUCAGGAACAGAAGUGAAACCUGAACAAGUUCCUCCUUGUGUGAAUCCUGGCAAUCCUGUGUUUUCAUGUAUGUUGGACCCAAAGACACUCUAUACAGCUACCUCACUAUCAAAACCUAAGAUGAUUAUGUAUAAAACCAAUUCGAGUAAUUAUGGUGAAUUUUUACCUAAGCCACAGUUUUUUCCCUGCAAUUAUACUCCAAGAGACCAGGUAUUUUCAAACCACAUCAGCGCUACUGGAUUUUAUCAAAAUAACUCUCUAAACACUACACCUGAUAGAACCAGAACCCUUGAUUUUCCUAAUUUUCAACGUACUCUAUGAAAAUAUAUUCCUUUGCAUAUUUAAGAGAAAAUUACUCAAGAAAAGUGCAUUUUAAAUCUAAGGCUAGAAUACCUAACUUGAAAUAUAAAAGUAUUUGAAUUAGUUAAAAAAAUACUUUAAGAAAUAAAACAUUUGAACUGAUACCUGAAUAACAGUGACUUCUUAAAUAAAAAUGUGUUCAAAAUAGAAUAAAAAGAGACAUGUUUUAGUAAAUCUUGGCUUUAUUUAGUACAUGUUCUCCAAAAGUUGCAAAAGGCUCUCAAAUUAGUGUUUUCAUUUUCUUUGGGUAAAUACUCAGUACUGGAUUUAUUAGGUCAUAUGGUGAUUCUAUUUCUAAUUUUUGAGUAACUUCCACAGUGUUUUCCACAGUGGCUGUACCAGUUUGAAUUCCCACAACAGUACCUGAGGGUUCCUUUUUACCCACAUCCUCACCAAC